AGUUUGAACUACAACUAAAAGCAAACUCCUGAAAAACAUAGACGAUCUUUGGCAACAAGUGGGCGUUCGGUUUCUCUCCCCCUCCCUCCCUCCGUGGGUCAGCGUGGGCGGCCCCGUGUGGCAGGAGGAGAGCGAAACACGACACCCCGACAGAGGAAGGGGGGAGGAAGAGAGAGAGAGAGAGAACACGAAGUGAGUGAGUGAGUGGAAAAAGAAAAAGUCUGUGCCGGAGAAAGAGACGCGCAGAGAAAGAGCAGAGAGAGUUUAGGUUUGUGGGGUUUUCUUCUGUGCGCUGCUGUUUGUUGAGGAUGAGGAUGUGGAGGAAGAAGACUCGACCAUGCGACACCGAGAUGAAGAUUUAGUCUCGUGCAUUCCGUUGCUCCAGCACCUUCAAUCGGCAGCACGACUCCUCCAAACUUCGACCUGCGCCAUUCAGACCCGGACGACUGGAUCUCCCCCCCCUUUAGAGACUCUUGGGAACUUUUAACCCCCUUUCUUUCAAACUAAAUCCUCCAACUUCAAACAAAAACUUUUUGAGUCACCUCUUCUUUACUGAGAUAUCACCACACACGCGCUCGUGCAAAGUUAGCGGAUGUUCUGUAAAGUUUCACGCCGUCUGGGAGGAAUCUUUCUAGGGAGACACUUCUGAGCACAACACCGGAGGGACGGAGUGGGACGUCACUGCUAACUUAGCUAGCUGGCUAACUGUAGAGUCUAAAGUUACGAGUCGACGGAGAAAAGUGACACAAAGAAGAUGAAAACCCCGGGAGAUUCGGGGUUUGCCUUUCCAGAAUGGGCGUACAAACCCGAGUCCAGUCCGGGCUCCAGGCAGAUCCAGCUGUGGCACUUCAUCCUGGAGCUGCUGAGGAAGGAGGAGUACCACGAUGUCAUCGCCUGGCAGGGAGACUACGGAGAGUUCGUCAUCAAGGACCCGGACGAGGUGGCUCGCUUGUGGGGGGCCAGGAAAUGUAAACCACAGAUGAACUACGACAAGCUCAGCCGAGCACUGAGAUACUACUACAACAAGAGGAUCCUUCACAAGACCAAGGGGAAGAGGUUCACCUACAAGUUCAACUUCAACAAACUCGUGCUGGUUAACUACCCCUUCAUCGACAUGGGCACCGGUCGAGGAGUCCCUCAGAGCGCCCCACCAGUACCAACAGGAGGCUCUCAUUUCCGCUUCCCCCCCUCCACGCCGUCAGACGUCCUCUCCUCCAGCGAGGAGCUCCGCAGCCCCGGCAUGUUCAGCAGCGUGGCUCGCCGCAUGGCCCGCGGCUCCGUGAGCGACUGCAGCGACGGCACCUCCACCAACUCUGAGCUGGAGGAGGCCGUGGGGGUUGACGAGCGAGGCGUGGGCCCCGACAGGGCCUUCAGAGGCCUGCUGCCUCCCCGCCUGCCUCACGAUUCCCUCUUCAGGGUCUAUGGCGGGGGCCCCAACCCAGCAGGGCUCCCCAGACCAACACACAGGGUCCACCCAGAUCAUCUGUCUCCAUUCCCUGUCUCCCCCCUGCCUGGCCCCGGAGGCCUCCUGGCCCCUACUUUGUCCCCAGCCCUAUCCAUGACCCCCACCCCCCAUCUCUCCUACACCCCUUCCCCCUCCAUGUCCUCCCCUAUGUUGGGCUCCCACUUCUCCUUCAACGCGGAGGACAUGAAGCACUACCUGCAGGCCCACACCCAGUCCGUCUACAACUACCACCUCAGCCCCAGAGCCUUCCUCCACUACCCCAACAUCGUCAUCCCCCAGCCCCACCGCCCCAACCUGGAGAAGCAAGCAGCCCAUCACCUCCACCCCCACCCCCACCCCCACCCCCACCCGCUCUCUCACUCGCUCAGCCAGCAGUCAGGAGGCGGGGACGAGGGGCAGCACCCGUCGCCAUUCAAGUUCAAACUGCAGCCUCCUCCGCUGGGGCGCAAACAAAAAGAAUCAGGGAUCUCAUUGGCUGCUUCUUCAUCCUCCUCUUCCUCCAGCCAGUCCUCCUCAUACACAGGGUCUGCUCAUAUACACAGUGCAGGGCCACCUAAGAUCAAGGUGGAACCGAUCUCAGACAUCGAGUCCGAAGAAGAGGUGGAGGUGACUGACAUCAGUGAGGAAGAGGAGCUCAAUCACAUGGAUGACGGAGACAUCUUCACCCCGACAGCUCGUCACAGUCAUCUUCUGCUCAACAACCAUCACCAAGCGAACAGGAACGGGAGGAUCCUCUCCGCCCCUCACCACACCAGCCCUGACGAAGACCCCGAUGAUGACGAGGAGGUUUUUAAAACCCCUGCCACCCCCCCAAUCGGCAGCAGUGGCCCGGCCUUCCCCCUGCUCGGCCUGAAGACCGAGCCGGGUCAGGCGGCUCCCAUCAGCCCCUGCAUCCCGCUGAAACUGCGCUUCAAACGCCGCUGGAGCGAGGACCAGAAGAUGGAGGCGGACGGCGAGAGGGACGAGGCGGAGGACAAGAAAGUGAGAGCUGAUGGAGAGGAGGAGAAGGAGAAGAGAGAGGAGGCAGGGAGGAGAGGAGGGGAGAUAGAGAACGGAGGAGGAGGUGGAGGAGGAGGCGGAAGUGUUAUUUUGGGGUUGAUGCUGCCACCGCCUCCAACCCAGCGUAGAGCGAGCUCAGAGCUGCAGCGAGCUACGGCGCAGCUGUCUCUGGCAAACACUGGCUGCUGAGUCUCAUGAGCAAACACGCACACACAGGGGAUCCUACCUGAACACACACACACAGGGGAUCAGACCUGAACACACACACACACACACACACACACACACACACACACACAUACAUACACGGGGGAUCCUACCUGAACACACACAGGUCUCUGAAUCCUGCACAGGAACUUAAUAGAUCCAUGUUGACCAUAAUGCCUUUGGGUUUUUUGGCCACCGGUUACAAACCAAACAUGACACAGUGAUGGGCCUCAAUGGAGACUGUAGUGUGCAUCUAAAUAUGUUGAUGUCUCAUAUGUAGGGAAUUAUCUUUGAGGGACUAGUUAAGGCCGGUUUUGGACACAGAACCACAAGCUCAAAGGUUUCCCCCCCACAGAAGUUGUGUGCACACAUUAAGGGUUUAGAUCCAGGAUCACAGACGUGCUGUUAUCCUUCAGUGACUCAUUUGUAACCCAGGAGUCUCUGAGGACCUUUCUAAGCAUUAUAUGUACAUUUACAACAUCUCCAAACCACUGCAGUAGUUUAAAACACUUGAAUACUGGAUUCUUUAAAGAUACCCCUGAUACUUCGGCCUGGUUUUGGUAAACUUGCUUGCAACACACUGACAAGAAUGAGAUAGUCCUCUCCUGUGGUCAUCAAAAAGCCCCUCUGCAUUAUGGUCGAUGUAAAACCACCAUCACAGACGUGCUGAUAUGAAGCCUCUGAUUUAUCGGGAGGUGAGACCCUGUUCCCCCCUCUCCAACACGAACACAGCAGCAGUCUUUUCCUUCGGUCCGUUUUGAACAUCUUUAAGGAAUCGCACAUUGCCUUUUUCUGAACACCUCCUCACUCUCAUCGAGCCAGUUGUGCCAUAAAAUCUGCCAGGAAUCACCUUACAUCACAGCAGUGCCCCACAACCAGGUCUACAGAGAGUCUGUUCCUCUUCUACAGGGGGAGACAAACUCUCAGACGGAGUCCAAGGGCAGCCUCACCUGUACAGCAGUAGAUGUAAUUAAAGUCUCACCCACCUCCUCUCCCUAUCCUCCACCGUUCCCCUCAUUGUCUUCUUAACAUAAUAGAUCUUAAAGUUACUAAAACUACACUUUUAACAGCCAUGAUAGAGAUUACAGAAGUGCCUCUCUGUCUGCACUCAUCAGCACGCCGGCGUUUACAAGACGAGCGGAGAAGAACUCGCUCUGACGGAUCUUAAAGACGGAUGAGAGAUUGGACGUGGCGGUUUUGGAAGAACUCUCCAAUCACCGUCUUUUUCUUGGACACUAUGAGGCCGCCUCGUCACCUCUUCACCGCUUCACCGUCGGCUCAUCACUACAGUGUAAAAAAAAACAAGACUCAACAGGAGGGCGAGAUCCUGAGAACAGUGAAACUAAGUCUGAGACGAGGAUCCUGAUGAGCUCUGCCCCUCUCACGCGGCAUCGAGAGACGUUUAGGAAACCGGGAGAUCACGACGUGGUUUUCCUCUGUACAGAAAAACAAAACAAAAAAAACCUGGCUCUUUGGAAAGCGCCAGAUUUUUUUGUCAUGCUCCUGUUCUCGACUCUUUGUAAAGGAAACCAGGAAGCAGCUUCUUGAGAAAGCUGUAAUUACACACACUUGUGUCUCUGGAUGUGUGUGUGUGGACGCAAAAGCUUUCAGGAUGCAGAGAGGGGCGUCCCUGCUUGACUUCGCACAAUCUCAGAGGGGUAAUGAUCGUGUUUUUGCACCCUCAGACAUCUCUCUUCUGCAUUCCCCCCUCCCCCCCUUCUUUGUUUUGUAGUUCUUUCUGAUGCUCGUGCCUCGUAAAAAGACUCGGACAGUAUUUUUUUGGGCAUUCGCCGUGAUCUGAGGACUGAUGAUCUGAGAGACGAUUAAAGCCUGAUGAUUGGUGUAGCGGGGGAGAACGAACGGGGGAACCAUGAAAUGAAUGUCGAGCAUUAAGGUUAACUCAGGCAAACCUUCACUGAGAUACAGAGAAACGACUUGUUUUUUUUUUACGACCGCGUUUUAUUCAUUUUGUUGUAAAAGAAAAAAGAGAAAAAGCCCAUUUUAAUGAACAAAGAGAAAAAAAAAGAAGAUUGUGCCUUUUUUAAAAAGCCAACAUGAGUUUUAUCAAACACCCCCAGCAAAACGUUUCCUCACACUCACACAGAACCAACAUGCCUUCAGCUUUUUGUAAAAGAGAAACAGAAGAAGUAAAUCUACACAUAUAUAUUUUAUUCAAAUAUAUUGAACUCAAAUAUUAUAUUUCAAUAAGGUCAUUUGAUACGAAUCAGAGGAGACUCCUGCUAUUUUUAAUGGUAAAGAUGUGUAUAUAUUCUAACGGGCAUAUUAUUAUUAUUAUACCAGUAUAAGUCAGUCUUUGCCUUCUCACUCUUGCCUUCUCCUGACCGUCGAGCUGCAGUGACAGAAGCCCACAGGCGUCAGAGUUUUAUAUUUAUAAUGUAAAAACACAAAAAAAAACAAAAAACAGUUGUUGUGUGUUCAGAGGAGGACAGCAGAAACAUCCAGACCGACCCGGGACCAGUUUGUUUAGAUGAGCACAUGGGGCGGGGCGUACACAUCAGGACAGAGUCACAGCUGAAUUACUCUUUGUUCAUUUUUUUAAACCACACCUACGUGCAGCACGUGGAUCCACAUCUGCUUAAGAAUUAGACAAAGUGAGGCACAGGUUGCAACAGGAUACUGGAUCUGGUCUUGUGUGUUCAGAGCAGACCGAUCCUGAUCCUGAUCGGACGACACCAGCGUGCGGCAGCCUGCUGAUGUAACCGGACUUGAGUUUGAGCGUGGACUCUGAACUUGAGCAGUAACUUUGUGUGUGUGUGUGUCUGGGCUGGCCUGAACCCUGUGCCUACAGACACACACACAUACACAAGCACACAAACACACACACUAACACACACACCCACUGCCCUGGUUAAGAGUGAGGCUUUGCUGUGGCUACAAUAUAGGGAAACAUGACAUCAAAUGUGACAUCAGACGCCCCCACAGUCUCUCUGGAAUUAGACGGCAAACCAUAGAAACUACGCACUCACACUAUUAGAGAGACACACACACACACACAUUUUUACACACACACACACACACACACACAGGCAGAGGAAAUGACAUCACAAAACCUCUGUGGAGAGGAAGGGACUUCCCAUAAUCAGGCUCGCUCUUUCUGCUCUUUGUGUGUGUGCGCCUGUGUGGUUUCUAUGGUUCAGCCUUACACACACACACACACACACACACACACACACACACACACACACACACACACACACACACACACACACACACACACACACACACACAUUUAGAAAAAAACUGACCAGAAAAAGUCAGUCUGCGUAUUUAGCCCCAGACUUUUUGUCCCACCAGCUUCAGUCUCAUGUGUAAAACUUAAACUUGCACUUUUCCUUCACCGGGGUUUCAAAGUCCUUCUGGUUAACUUGUUCAUACUGCCCGUGUUUGAAGAGGGUCACACCUCCUCGUUUUUUGGCAAAAAAAAAGUUCAAAAGAAAAUGUUUCUUUUUGUUGUGAAGUGAAAAGAAAGAUGUAUUCUGGCUGUACCUGAACGUUACACCUGUGCUGCCUUACCUGUCUUUACUUCAACAACACGAGAAUACCUGCUCCCUGCCGGGUGGAUGUUUCCACCGUUCACGUUGUUCUUCUCAUUCUCUCCUGUAUUUUUCAGACAUAUUACUGUUACUCUUGUAAUUAUUAUAUUAUUAACGACUAUUUUUUUUUUAUUCUUUGUACCCUCUUGCCAUGGCCUGCCCCCCCCUCCUCAUGAAUUCCUGGAUUUCUGUGAGUUUUAUUUUUCCACUUUGCACUCUUCCCCAUGAACCUGGCCCGGUUGGCUCCAGUGCAGUCUUUUCUUUAGAUUUUUUGUAUUUACCAUGAUUUUAUAACCAUGUUACCAUGGAAAAGAGGAGGGUCACGUAUUCCCCACAUGAUAUACAGCAGGGGAGGAAACAUUUGUUUUCUUUUUUUUUUUUUUGAUGUUGUGUAUAUAUAUAUUUUCAUUUUGGAGGAUUCUGUAAGAAAAAAGAGCUUUGUACUGUUUAACCAUGUAUUAUUUGAAAUGUCCUCUCUCUCUCUCUCUCUCUCUGGUCGCCUCUGUCUCUCCUCUCUUGUCCACCUCCGAGGUGAGUUGUCACUCCGGAGGAGAGACAGAUACUCCUUGUUUUUAUCCUGGAGGAACCACCUGUACUUCUGUUUCUCUUCUAUCUGUUCAUCUUCAUUUGUAAUUAAACAAUAAUCAGGGUUCAUUAAAAAAGGUAAAAAUGGA